AUGCACCUCCGCGGCCCUCAGCCAUCCAUGCAUGUCGCCUCCCUGCCCCGUUUCCUCGCCGUCUCUUCCGAAAUGUUUUACGAUUACAAUCAUUACAGAGGAUAUGCAACGUGUUGUGCACCUAUUGAUAAGUCUACGGGCGAGCUUUGGAAGAGCUGGAAGACGAUGAGGGAUGAAUGGAUAUCUGAGCCAUUUCAUCUGGGUGUUUUCCACUCGGACUACCUCCUCCACGCACCAGAAGACUUGGACGAACCCCUCUCGCUCAAGCACGUUGAAUUUAAUGCCAUCUCGUCUUCCUUUGGUGUGCUUUCUGAUCGUGCUUCGGCGACGGUUUACUUCAACGUAAGCCCAUAUUUGCAGGCGGAAAAUUUUCCGUGGAACAAUGCAACGAGUGUAGUUGCGGAAGGCUUAGAUGCUGCGCAUAAGCUGUACGGGGUGAAAGAGGCUUUCGUCCUUUUUGUCGUACAGUAUGGAGAGCGCAACGUGGUUGACCAACCAUAG